AUGACCAGCGCCUUCUUUCCGAGUAAAAUCGGUGGAAAACCAGCGUGGCUAAACUUACAAGAUCUGCCUGAUUCUAGGCGCUUGCUCUGUAAGAUCUGCCAAAAACCUAUGAUCUUACUGUUGCAAGUGUACGCUCCGUUGGCCGACGACCGAAGUUUUCAUCGAACGAUUUUCGUAUUUUGCUGCAAAGAUGGAAAAUGCCACUCCAAAAACCGCAGCGAUUGCUUCCUUGUUCUGAGAAACCAGUUAAAACGCGAUAAUAAGUUCUACAGCUAUCAUCCCCCUCCAGAGCUAGAUGAGAUCAACGAACUCUCGUUAGAAUCCGUGGCAAAUGAGUUUAAACCAAAGGCUUGGACAAGUUUGUGCGAUGUGUGCGGCUGCAAAGGAGACAAGAAGUGUUCGAAAUGUCACAUUGCUCAGUAUUGUUGCCGUGAACAUCAGACGGUGGACUGGAAAUCAGGGCACAAAAACUUGUGCACGAAAUUGUGUGCAGAGGGCAGUCAAGAUCAACUGGUAGAAGGUGACUGUAAACAUAAUACUAUGAAAUAAUCUGUAGUGCUAUAAAGCUUAUCCUGUCAUUUCAUGGCCAUAAAAUAUAGCAAAAAUUAUUAACACUGGAAAAUGCCUGAAGCAGAGGGG